AUGUUAGAGAAAAGUGGGGUCACUUCGAAUGGAGUUGGGGGCACAAUUCCUAGAGCUCUCGCAGAACCAGGUUCUGGCCAUGGCCAAUGCUCAAGGACAAGCGCAACCACCACCUUCGCAAAAAACAAGAGAAACCUUCUUGAUUUGCUUAUCAAAAAUACUCCUCUCCAUGAUGGUUUCUAUAACUCAAGCGUCGGGAGUAACUCAGAUCAAGUCUAUGGUGUCGCUCAAUGUAAAGCUAAUAUAUCUACAAAUGUUUGUGCCAACUGUUUAAACUCAUCCAUAACUUUGGUUGAUGGAUGCUCAGAAUCUCCGGAAAUAGAAAGUAUCCACAGUUUGUGCAUUACAAAGAUCACGAACAAGAAUAUAUUUGGAGUUUGGACCAACUCCUCAACGGCUACAUAUGGAAACCAAGGAUUGGAGGACCCAUUAGUCUUUUCUAAAGGGUUUGCCAUGAUGGAAGAUUUAGCAAGCAAUGCCCCUUAUCAACCACUAAUGUACCAAGCAGCUGUAAUAGAUGUUGGGGUCGAUGGAAAAAGGUAUGGUUUGGCUCAGUGCGGAAGAUAUUUGAGUAGGUUGAAUUGUCGAAGUUGCUUGGAGGAUCGAUUACAGGGAUUUAGAUCUUAUGUUGAGAACAGAACAGGAUGGGAAAUUCUUGGCAGCAGUUGCAGCAUGUGGUAUUCUAAUGUUUCAGAUACUUAUAAGACUCUAAACGUGAGUGUGGUCGAGAUUGCCCCUUUGACUAUGCCUUCCGACGGUCAAGUUCCACCUGGAACAACUAGUGUUACAUCAGAAGAAAACCUCAUUAUUCCUAAAAUUUAA